GAGAGAGAGAGAGAGAGAGAGAGAGAGAGAGAGAGUAUGUUGAUGAUGAAUAGCAUGGAGAGUGGUGUAGUUCAAGACGGUGUGGUUUUUAAUAUUAUGAUUUUGAUAAAGGAUAUGCAUGUAGCAGUUGUGUUGUUCAGAUGGCUUGUUGUGUUGUUGUGGGGUGAACCGAUUUCGUUUAGAUUGGAGAAAGAAAAAAAGAUAUAGGUCUAGUUUCUUAUAAAUAAAAAUAGAUAUAGGUCUAGUCUUGAAAUGAAAUGGAAUCAAUUUGACUCAUCAAGCAAAAUCUGAUGUUGGGUUGAAUAUAUAGUAAUAUGAAUGUUAUGGAGAGUAAUUGUAGUUCGUUUUGGAUAUUAUUUAAAUAAAUUUCUUUGUUUGCAAAGUCGAUCUUUUAGUUUUCGUAUGUAUAUCAAGGGUCCUAUGAAAUUUUAUUUGAAGUAAAGAUUAAAUGUUGUGCUAGUUAAAGUUUUACUUCAUUUUUUGGAUUUUUUCCCAUAAACAUGUGAGGUGAAAGGUUAAGCAUUAGGUGUUUUUACCUAUCCGAGUUAACGUUGAUUCUUAUUUCUUUGCUGGGAGUUAUGUGUUUGUUGUCAUGCAGCUAGUUUAAUAUUGGGAAAGUAGGCUGCUUUAGGUCGUUAUCUCUCUGUGUGAUAUUUUAUUCAGAAAUACUGAGAAUGUGUGAGCACGCGUUGUUAGGUUAACAGGUUUGUCUGUCACUUUAUGAUGUUUUGAGGAUAAUCAAAGUCUCCAGCCGGUCAUUCUAGACCAGCAAUUAUCUGUUUUUUCCUGGUUUUUUGACGGUGGGUUGAAGUCUUUUGCUGAUCUCAGCACAAUUUUAGUAUACAUGGGACUGUUUAUUAAAGUUAAUAAUAAACAUACUUGGAACUUAGCAAAGUUUGUAAUUAUGAUCACACAGCAGGCAUCAUUUUCACAAAUAUGUUUAUUAUAUCCUCUGUUAGAUGUCCAAUCAAUUGCAGCUAAAUCUUCUAUUGUAUACUUGUCCAGUAUUAUUUGAAAAAGUCAACUGCUUUAUUAUAAUAAGGAUUUAUGUUAAAAUUGGAAGCACUAUACUUAAUUUAAUAAAAAUUAUUUCUUGCUGUGAUUUAAUUUAGAUUUGCGCAGAUGGAUAUUCUGAUUUAAAUUACAGUUAUGGGUAAAGAACCUCAAAGCAUUGGAGGUUUUUAAAUUUUUUUUUUAACAUACUUGGUAGCUUUUGGGCAGAGAUUACUCUAUUACCUGAACUUCUUGGGGAUUCCGUCAUUGCUCUUAGAAGAAGAUUAAGCUUUCUUAUUCGACAUAUGCAUAUUUAAGGAGAUGGCUUCCCAUGAGCAUGAUUCAGAUAUUAUUCAGUGGGGGCUUCGUCUACUUGAUGGUGAUCCAGUUUAUAAUUCUUCAUACUACUACAGUGACAUGAUACAACACAAUGCUAAUGAUAUCUACCACGAAGAGUAUUUCAGAAGUCAUUAUGAUACAGAAUCAAACCAUGUGGAGAAUGAUGAGAUCAUUGCACGAACUCUUCAAGAGGAAUUUUCAGGACUAUCUGUAACAGAAGCCUCUGAAUACUCACAUGCAGGAGAAGCGCAAGCACAAGCAUCCGUUCUUGCAGAUGAGUGGCAUGGUGUAUCUACAAGGAAUUAUUGUUCGGACCAUGAUUAUGGCCAGGAAGAAGCUUCUAGUUUAUGUUCUAGCCCUGGUAAUCAUUUGGGGCUAACUGAUGAAUGUGCACUUGAUGGUGAAGUAGACUGGAGCUUGAAUCCCGUUCCUCAUAUUCCCAGAAUUAAUGGAGAAAUUCCUUCAUUUGAUGAAGCGACUUCAGAUCAUCAAAGGCUACUUGACAGACUGCAGAUAUAUGGCUUCCUCGAACGCAAGGUUGAAGGAGAUGGAAACUGCCAGUUCCAUGCUUUAUCAGACCAAUUGUAUCACACACCUGACAACCACACGUAUGUAAGAAGCCAAGUCGUAAAUCAGCUGAAGUCUCAUCCGGAGAUUUAUGAGGGAUAUGUUCCCAUGGCAUAUGAUGACUAUUUGGAGAAGAUGUCCAGGAAUGGUGAGUGGGGUGACCAUGUCUCAUUGCAGGCAGCUGCUGAUUCGUACGGGGUGAAAUUUUUUGUCUUGACUUCUUUUAAGGAUAACUGUUGCAUAGAGAUUCUUCCUAAUAUCCAAACUUCAAAACAAGUUAUUUAUUUGAGUUUCUGGGCAGAGGUGCAUUACAACUCAAUUUAUCCUCAAGGAGGUUCGCUCUCAAGUGAGUGCAAAAAGAAGAAAAAGUGGCGGAUAUUUGGGAAAUAAACAUUAGGAAUGUUUGGAUGGCAUUAGGCACAUUUCUCCUCCUGUUGUUGCUGAUGUUGCUUAAACCAUGUAGAUUUGUGGUUCAGGACCUGCUCAGAUCUCAUAUUUUUGCUCUUCCAAUGUUCGUCCAGGCUGGAUUAUCUCAUUGUAAGAGUAAGUUAGUUUCUUUUUCCAUUUUUUCGUUUCUAAAUUUCUAUUAUUACGGUUGCUUGCAUGUGUGAAUUUUGUAGUCGCAUGCUAGUACCAUCUGAUAUUUUUAGAGCAACCCAGUUACAAUAUGAUAAUGAAUUUAUACAUUUUCAGAAAACAGAGUUGAAAGGGUUUCAUUGAAUCUUCUUCGGCCUUCAGCUUAUUGUUUUCUUCACGAGUAGCUUGGCCGGUUCAGUAGAUUUGGAAUGUACAAAGAUAUGUCAAACAAUUGAAAUGAAUUCUUUCCCAAAAAAAAUAAUAGAUACUCGAAAUGAAUGUAUCAAUAUCAUGGAAAGUAUUCCAUAGUACAGGUAUGCUUUUAUAGGAACACAAAAGUGAAAUAUAUGCUUCAUGGUCUAUGCAAAAAUUGUGUAUAAUUGGCAGGUGUCAUAAACGGAAAGCACAAUUAUUUUGCGGAAAUAUUGUAACGCUGUAUAUUGACAUAUAGUAUAUGGUUAAAUUCAGGAUUUUUGUUGGAGAUAUAGAGAUGGGAACUAAGGUUUUGAUAACCUUUCAAUCA